AUGAACUGCCACUUCCGAUUCAAUACGAGGCCGCCAUCGCAUACUGAACCACUGGAACACGACAAUGGCCAACGGGCCAGACACCGACAGCUUCUCACAUGCAAGGGUUGUGUUCAGCCUCGUGUUUUUGCAGACUUUGCCGACGGUAUGAGAAAGAACAAGCGAUGUCGUGGCGGUGCAGAAACCCACACGAGAUUCUGUAUCAGAUGCGGAGUAGAUAAAGGAUGGAUAUAUAUCAUAAGACUAUUCACGGAUCUAUUAGCUAUGACCUCUGUCACAGCCAGAUAA